ACUUUUUACAUGUAUUCACCUUUAAAAUUCAUCCCACUGAGUAUUAAUGCGCGUGAGCGCAGACGAAUGCAUGAUUUGAACGACGCUCUGGAUGACCUACGUACUGUGAUCCCAUACGCGCACAGUCCAUCUGUGAGAAAAUUGUCAAAAAUUGCCACACUACUGUUGGCCAAAAACUACAUUCUCAUGCAAACCAAUGCAAUUGAAGAGUUGCACAAAAUAUUGAUCUGCCUAAAUGCUCAGCUGCAAAAACAACAGCAGCAGCAACAACAACAACAACAACAAUCCGGGACGACGACAGUCCAAUCGCCACGUAGCGGAAACAAAUGA